GUUAAUUGACGUUUCAUUUUCAAACCAGCCUCCAAUAAGUGCGGUCUCUACUCUAAAUCGAAUUCCCACACAAGUUUCAACCAUCAGUGAAAUGUGUCUACAGUUGAUAAAAUGAAAAUUAACCGAUUUACUUUGGUCGUCACGAUAAUUCUCCAAACGUUUGUAAGCGAUACGAUUUCUAAAGGAAAUAGCACAUCGGAUUGUUUGGACCAAAGCAGUUCAAAAGUCUUGUCGAGAAGAAAAAGGUUCUUGAUAUUUCCAGAUGGAAGCUCACUUCAAUUAGUAUUUUGCGUCCAAACAUCAGCUGUGAUUCCCAUCGGAGAUAUUUUCUUAUUCGGGAACACGGCCGCCUUGGCAUGGUCCUUACCAAGUGAUCCUCAGUUCUUCCAUAUGCUGAAAGGCGAUAAAGAAGCCAUGAGAAGGGGAGACUUCAAGAACCACAUAUACUAUGUGGAUGAGAAUGGGAAAAUGGUAGCAAAGGUGCCUUAUAAAAGGAGCCGUAUCAUCAACCCAGCGUUCGCCAAAAGAAGCAUCGAUGAAGGCUCUACCUUCAAGGACAAAUUAAAGGCACGGAUAGAGCGCCUGAAAAUGCACGAGAGACAGAAAAGAAGGGAUUACCUGAAAAAAGAACACAUGGACUCUAACACAGUAGAGUUUCACAGGAGCAGUAGAGUGGAGCUUUUCGAGAAAAUCGAGAGGUUAUUUACAGCACUGGGACAAGACGGGAGGCAGUGCGUGCUUCACAAACUAUGCGAGGCGGCGCGCUCCGCCCCACAGCAAGGCACAUUCUUGCAAGAAUUCCUACGGACUGUCUUUACGUUACCAAAGGGCUCUAUCUUCGACAAUGAUGAUCACAAGGAAUAUGAUUCUGCCCACACGCUGACUGAUGACUGCGCCAUCAAGUACCCUGGAUGCGAAAACUUCCAACCACCCACGGAUUCGUGAAUAAAAUAAA